AAAAGGUAAUAUACAUCAAUUCAAAUUGAAAUUACAUCUCAUCGUUGCUGAAUAUGUAUCAUAGUUCUGUGAAUUCUGUGUUUGUUGGGUCAGAGGACUUUGGCAAUGCCAUAACAUCAAUUAAUUUUGCACAUUCGAUUUUUGCAAUUGCUAUUAUCCUUUUUAAUUCCACUAUUUUAUUGAUUCUUUAGAUGAUAUUCCUAGAUAUAGCUUAUAGAUUUAGUGUUUAAGAUCUCUUUAUAGCAAUGGAGUGUUCUUUACUGUUAUUCUAUGAGAUCAUAUAUUUAUCACGCUACAAACUAAGCAAAACUAAAAAGAUUGAAUAUUUUGUUUUGUUGUUUGUUCUCUGCUAUUCUGUUGUGCAAGUUAUUUUUCCGUAUCUUUGUAGGUACUGUGUAUAUAUAUAUCAAAAUAAUUCCUAUCACUGUUUUAUCAUAAGCAACCAUGAGCUAUUGUUUAUUUGAUUAAAUCCUCCGGGAAUUGUUGUAAACGGAAAUUUAAGUAGGUAUUAAGUAUUUAUUCUUAGGCUAUAUAGUUUUCACUUCCAUCUUAAAAAUAAACCCACCUUCUCGAAUGCAUGUCCCCUCUUUUCAUCAACCUAAGCAACAUUGAGUCAAGGUUAAUAUGGUUCAGUUACUCAAAUUUUGUGGCCAUUUUCUUAAUUAAUGCUACUCAAUUGUAUUGCUUGGAAAUUGCUUCUGCUGAAAAUAUGUACAUUAUGAAAUACUAUUUCGGAGAAUGGUUUUCUGUUAAUUCUUAGAUAAAUUACCUCCUUAUUUCUUGUUUAGACAAUACUCGAGUGUCUCUUAAGUCUCUGUUUAUUAGCAUUUUAAACAAAGUUACUGGCUUGGAGUUUUGUUAUGUGGUGUUGUGAUGGGGGUGUUAAAAGUGAAACAAUAUAGAAUUCUUUGGAAUUGCAGUUGAUUUUAAUUAGUGAAUUUCUUUGCAUAAUUGUUGUAUUUAUUUACUUUCAAUCAGAUGGGUAAAUACCAAUCCACCGUGUUAUAUGUAUAAAUUUAAUUGGCUUUAUAUUAAUCCAAACUAUGUUGAAGCUCUCUAGUGUGAAUUUUCCUUUAUACUUUGAUUUCGGAAUCAAUUGCGAGACACUAGAAUUCUUCAGAAUCAUACUCAUUGGAUUUUAAACUUCAAAAAAUCACUUUUCUCAUGAAACCCAAACAAAAAUCACUUCAUCUCAAACGGAUAAAAUAUUGAUGUUGCUAUAAACUUUGCAAAGUCAAUCUUUGCAUUAUAAUUAGGUUCUUCAUUUAUAUACUUCCAUGCUAACUUGUGUGGUUCGUGCUGCAUAAGACAGUUUUAGACUUAAGCAAACAGCACUCCAAAUAAACAUUUGUUACUGCAAAGGGCAUAAUUUUGCUGUAUGGUAAGAGUAUAUGAAUAUGGCUCUGUCAUCAACAAGAAGAUGGCUCUGUCAUCAAGAUUUGUUUCAGACUCUACAAAAUAUAGUUAACCAAUUUUUUGUUCAUUUUCACCGAUAUACAAAAUGGGAACACAAGUUGAAUAGUAUUAUUUAGUUUUUCAGUUUUCAUUAUGCAAUCUGCAAUGGAGUUCUUUUCAGGCUCUACCAUUUGUAGGCACAGGACUCCAAUAAUAGUACUACACCUCCAGCAUCUUUGUACUUUAGGUUGGAAAGAGGGUUAUGAUAAACGGGCUAUGCAAAGAGGGUAUACUUGAUGAAGCAUUGGCCUUAAAGUUGGAAAUGGAAGACAAUGGUUGCUCUCUGGAUGCUGUAAUUUAAGAAACAAAUAUCCGUGCUCUGCUGAAAAAAAGGUGCACGCAAGCAUGUUAAGUUGCAGCAUGGCAAAGACAAUGUUGAAGAUCUCUAGUAUGUGAUUUUGGCUUAUCAUGAAUGAAGCACAGUACAUUCCGUUCUUCCAGAUCAACUGCAGGAACAAGAUCGCAACGUCUAGUCGUCUACGUCUUGGACCAGAGAACAGACAGCACUCCCUCAAACGUAACAGCAAAAGUGGGAAUCACUAAAAUGUUGUCAUCCUCAACCUCAAGGAUCACUUUCAUUUUUAGGUAUUCUCUUCUCCAAAUCCCUAAUUUUGUUUCCUUCCCUUCCUCUUCAUCCCUUCACUCUCAUUCUACUCGCCAAGUUGAUGAAGCUGUUCAUUCCUUCACUCGCAUGCUCUCUAUGCAUCGUACUCCUCCCAUCAUCCAAUUUAACCAGAUUUUGGGAUCUCUUUCCAAGACGAAGCAUUUCCACGCCGCCGUUUCCCUUUUUCAGCAAUUGGAAGCCAGAGGAAUCGCUCCCGACUUAUUUACUUUGAGCAUCGUAAUUAAUUGUUGUUGCGGCAUGAGUCGUAUGACGCUUGCUUUCUCUGUAUUGGCCAAGAUUUUCAGAAUGGAUUGUCAACCUAAUACGGUAACAUUGACAACAAUCCUGAAAGGUCUCUGUCUCUCUGGUAGUGUUGAAAAGGCAGUGCGCUUUCAUGACAGAGUGCUGGCUCAUGGAUUUCACUUCGACCAAGUCACUUAUGGGACCUUGAUCAAUGGCCUCUGUAAGACCGGACACACAUCAGCUGCUAUUCAAGUGCUGAGAAAGAUCCCACGGCAUGGGAUUGUUCCUAAUGUCUUCAUGUACAACUCAAUUAUUGAUAGCCUUUGCAAGGUUACACUUGUAAAUGAUGCUUUUCAUUUAUACUCUGAAAUGCUUGCUAAGGGAAUUUCUCCCAAUGUUAUCACGUACAACACUCUAAUUUAUGGAUUGUGCCUUGCUGGUCAACUCAAGGAAGCCGUUCAUUUGCUAAAUGAUAUGAUUCUCAUAAACAUUACUCCAAAUGUUCGUACAUAUAGUAUUUUGAUUGAUGGGCUAUGCAAGGAAGGAAAGAUCAAAGAUGCUAAGAAUGUGUUGGCUGUGAUGACAAAACAUGGUGUGAAACCAGAUGUGGUUACUUAUAACUGCUUAAUGGACGGGUAUUGUUUGGUUAAUCAGGUAAAUAAGGCAAAAUAUGUAUUCAACACAAUGGCCAAGAGUAGACCAUUUCCUAAUGUUCGGAGUUACAAUAUCAUGAUUAAUGGCUUUUGUAAGAGUAAAAUGAUCGAUGAUGCCUUGAAUCUCUUCGAAGAGAUGCGUUGCAAGAACUUGGUUCCUGACACGGUAACUUACAAUACACUAGUUGAUGGCUUGGGAAAAUCAAGGAGAAUCCUUUGUGCCUUGGAGCUUCUCGAAAAGAUGCAUGAUCGAGGUCAACCUGCUAAUAUAGUCACUUACAAUUCUUUGCUGGAUGCUUUGUUCAAUAUCAAACAACAUGACAAGGCACUUAUGUUAUUCAAUAUCAAUCAAAUGAAAGAGAGUGGCAUUGUUCCAGACAUAUAUACAUACACCAUACUUAUAGAUGGCAUGUGCAAAAGUGGAAGACUUAAAAAUGCAAAAGAGAUUUUUCAAGAUCUUUCCAUUAAAGGCUAUCAUCCAGACGUGAGGACAUACACUAUUAUGAUCAAUGGGCUUUGCAAGGAGGGCCUACUUCAUGAAGCAUUGGUUUUCUUGUCAAAAAUGGAAGACAAUGGUUGCUUACCAAAUGCUGUAACUUAUGAAAUAAUCAUUCGUGCUCUGUUUGAAAAAGGUGAAAAUGAUAAUGCGGAGAAACUUCUUCGUGAAAUGAUAUCUAAAGGCCUGUUGAAAGGAUAAAAGAUGGUGAGAUUCUUCUUGUUAGACAUCACAAAAUGUUGUUUAUAUCUCUUUCUUUUUAACUUGUGUUUUGUUCUCGUUCAUCUUUCGAUUCCAUAUUAAUGCUUUUAGAUCUUCACAUGAUUGUGAUUCUUUAUUCUGCUUUACCCACACCUAAAUGUUUUCUUUGUCGUUGCUUAUUUUAUGGCAUUUUCGGUGACUAGAUGGCUGUUAUAUGUGGCUUGUCGGAUCUAUCAUUAUUUCCUUUUUUAUUUUUGUAAUUAUAUAUGUGCAUUGAUGUUAAUUUAUUCUUAAGCUGAAAUGGUUGUGAUUUUCAUCAUUCAAAGGGAAUCCUUGUUAGUUGUGAAGCUUCCCUGCACUCUUGUUGUCUUUCGAUCUUUUCAUUUCCCCCAUAUUUGAAGUAAACUCCCAUGCAGCAGCAUACUGUCUGAUGUAGCCUUAGA